AGCCAAACCGCUGCGGCCAGAGAGGAUGAGGCCUUCUCUGCUGCAGUGCGUCAGUGUCAGCUGCUGAAGAAUGAGCAGGAUCUGCCUUAAUCGCGAUGAAACUAUCUCUUCCGUUCGUCGUCGUCUUGCUCCUGAUGGUAUACUCGGUGCUCGGCUUGGAGAGGAAGCUCGUCAGAAGUCAUCCCUCGUUCAUGUCGAACCCGCCAACUCGACGGCUGUCAGGCACCCGACACGGGCGCGUGCUGCACAGACUCCCCUGCGGCAGUGGGCGUGUUCGUUCCAGAUCUGUCUACUCAAGGCUGCUCACAAGGCGGCCUUCUGUACUACCAGAGCAGCAGCAGACGGGCGGGAAGGUCGUCUUCAAGAUCAAGAAUGCCGUCAACAAGCUGCUGCGAUCCGCUGUGGGCAGGGCGAUUCGGCGGCGGAGAGCUGUAUACUCUAUAGCUACAGAACAGGUGCGCACAAGGAAGGGAGGAACCCAUCCGACCGAUUGAACAUCAUCUUGUCGCUGUGUGCAGGUCGCUGAAGCCGAGGAUUUAUCAGACAACGCCGUUGUGCUCUCAAUGGAGGCGGGAGCGAGCAUUCAGAAGAAGAAGCGACCAAACUUCGCCCUUCGAAAGAGACGGAGCAGGAGGAGGAGGCGGCGGCCGCCGUCUGCAGGCAAGAGGACCGGCAAGAGCAGGGUUGACAGCGGGACAGCAAAUGCGUCAAAGAUGUCCUCAAGAUCACGUUCAAAUGCCAAGAGGAUCGACGCGCCCAUCGCCAGCUACCACAAGCUGCUUUCCAGCCUCAACAAGGCGUCUGACACGCCUGUCCAUCUCGACUUCCGCCUGUACCUCUGCGCGCUCAACGUAUACCCGCACGGCUUUCCCGACAGGCUCUCUCAGAAGAAGAUGCGUCCGAUCUUCACUGUUGGCUCAAAGGUGUUCAAGCUCCUGGGGCACUUAUUUACCUUCAUGAGGUGCGGCGGGUCGCCCAGCAACGGGGAGCUGGGCGAGUCGGUGGAGGAAUUCCACGAACGGGUCACAGCGUCGCUGGAGGGAAGGAAAGCCGACCACACCCUCCCGCCUUCCUGCAGCAAGAAGGAGGCAAUCAGAUUACUCGGGGCCAUCUACUGGAGCAACCUUUGCUCGGAGAGCGGAAGAGAUGGAUACCUCCACUUGGACAAGGCGAUGCGGGCGUCGCUGACGCUGCUGGAUCACGUGAUCCUGGCGCCAUCUGGUCGCUCAGCGCGCAAGUCGUUGCCCCGGCUGCUGCCUCUCUUGACCAACGGCUCGGUGGCCCUAUCGGAUUGGGAGCAUCCCGGUGAUGGGCAGAUGCCUAACGAGGAGGUGGAGAGGAUGUGGGGGUAUGAGUUCACUGACAAGAGGAUACUCGAGAGGGCGCGCAUCGCCACCACCACUAUGUCUGAGAUUGCUCAGGGAAAUCUGACCAACACGGUGGGUGGACAAGGGGCAGGCAUGACACGCACGCGCGGAUACGCACACAAAUGCAUUGUGUCUUGUUUGCAGACGGAAAUCAUGGACAAUGAGGCAAUGGAGUUCCUCGGUGAUGGCGUGUUGAGCCUUCUGUCUGUGCACCUCACUCGCGACAACACCAGCGACACCCGCCACAGCUUGGCCCACCUCAACUUCACUGAGACGGAGCAGCAAGUGACCAACGCCGUGCUGGCCGACAAGAUGCAGCGGCGGCUGGAAAGGGCCAACAGGACGCUAGCCGAAGUCGUGAGAGUGGAUCGGGAUGAUCUCACUGCCAAGAAGCGGUGGUCUGACCUCUAUGAGGCGUUUAUCGGCGCCAUCUUUCUCGACUCGGAUAUGUCGCUGGAACGGGUUCUCGAUGUCAUCGCCGUCGACUUCCCGCUGGCACAUCACCGCAAGAAAGCCGCCCCUCCUGUCCCAUUAUCCCCCUCCCCCGCUUCUAUCCUCUCAAUCGGUCUGCCUCAGAGCAUCGCCACGCCCCGAUUUCACGACACCGGUGUGCCAUGGCGUCACCACGUCGACCAAGAGACAAAGCUCGGGCUGGACGAGAGGGGCAGCGUUGUCGUGGCCAUCAGCUCGGACGACGGAGAGAUGAGGCGGUUCACUUUGCCGCAUGUGGGCUACGACCUGAUCGAUUUGGACCUUAUCCUAAGGAGGAACAAGCGAGGGGGGAGAGGGAGGAAGAGGUACCACUACAUCAGCACCGUGAGGCUCAUCCUCGACCCGUCCAAGGUUCCGCCGAUCCACCAGGAAGACUCCCUCAAACUGCGCAUGCAGAAGCUCAGCAGGGCCCUGUUGUACCUCACUGCUUCGUCGGACAAGCACCAGCACCAGCACCAUCGUCGCUUCACGAUCCGCCCGGUGACCGUGAGUGAGAUCCGUGGCUUCGGCGCCGUGAAAGCCUUACAAGAAGACCAUGGCCGCUAUCUGCCUGAAGACGUGUGGAUGCGGCGGGAUGGCGUGGAGGGAAAUGAGGCCGAUGCCUAUUACAGCGCUACAGCAGGGGUGAGGACGCGGGCGGCUGACCGCAAGAGACAGAGAGUGCUCUCCCUCGCCGAACGGGCGUUUCGGUGAGGGGUGAGGGGAGGGGGAUGUGGAAGGGCAGAGGGGCAACGCCCCUCUGGAGGGGCAACGCCCCUCUGGAGGGGCAACGCCCCUCUGGUGUGUGUGUGUGUGUGCGUGUGCCUGCCUACUGGCAGCCAGCGAUGCGACGUGUAAAGAUGGAUGGAUGGAUGGAUGGGCUUUUUGGUAGUCAAGCUUGUAAGGGCGGAGGUAGACAGACCAGCAGUGUGUGAGUGAGGCGUGUGGUUGCAUCCUGACCUUUUGACGAGAGCUUCGUGCUCGGGGCGGGAGCCCUACAAUGACUUGCCUGUGUGUGGUGGUUGAAAAGUGAC